AUGGCCAUCGGCAAUCCAGAUACGUGGAUCGAGCAGCUGAGGCAAUGCAAGUACCUCCCAGAGCCAGACAUCAAGGCGCUCUGCGAGAUGGUCCGAGGCAUUCUCAUGGAGGAAAGCAACAUUCAGCCCGUAUCAAGUCCGGUCACAGUAUGCGGCGACAUCCAUGGUCAAUUCUGGGACCUCCUCGAGCUAUUCCGCGUCGGAGGCGAGGUUGAUACGGGGGUUUCGUACAUCUUUAUGGGCGACUUCGUGGACAGAGGCUACUUCAGUCUGGAGACGUUCUCAUUACUCAUGGCUCUCAAAGCGAGAUAUCCAUCACAGAUCACGCUCCUGCGAGGCAACCAUGAAUCUCGCCAGAUCACACAAGUUUACGGCUUCUACGACGAGUGCCAGCGCAAGUACGGCAACGCCAAUGUCUGGAAAUCCUGCUGCCAAGUCUUCGACUACCUCAACCUUGCGGCGAUCAUCGACGGUCGCGUCCUUUGCGUCCACGGCGGUCUCAGUCCGGACGUCCGCACGCUCGACCAGAUCCGCAUCAUCGCGCGAGCCCAAGAAGUGCCCCACGAAGGCGCAUUUUGCGAUCUCAUGUGGAGCGAUCCAGACGACAUCGACACAUGGCGAGUCUCACCGCGUGGUGCAGGCUGGCUCUUCGGCGGCGCAGUAACAAAGGAGUUCAACCACGUCAACGGUCUCUCGCUCAUAGCGAGAGCGCAUCAGCUUGUUCAAGAAGGGUACAAAUUGAUGCACGAUAACAACAUCGUCACGGUCUGGUCCGCGCCCAACUACUGCUACCGUUGUGGCAACGUGGCAUCCAUCUUUGCGGUCGACGAUCUCAUCGCGUACGAGAGCAAGAACGGAACGUCGGCGCUGGUGGCGGGGACAGGGAGCGAGGAGCAGGAUCCAGAUGCGACAAAGACAGAAGGUGCGGAUGGAGCGAAAGAGGGAGCAAAGAAGCCGUGGGAAGCAACACAGUCCAACUUCAAGAUCUUUGAUGCGGUACCGGAUCAGACGCGGACGGUGACGCUGAAUAGCCAGUACUUCCUCUGA